AUGCAUCUUCUUGAUGUAUUUUUUGAGCUUCUUAUCGAGGAUGGAAUCAUAGACAACGUCUGGUCGGAUUCGUGGAAUGAGAUUGAUAAUGUCAAUUUCUUAGACCGUGGAAUCAAUAGGUGUAACGAGUAUCCUAAUGGAAAGACAAUCAGCCCUUCGUACGGCCAUCUUCCUAACCUUGCUGGAGAUGCCGAGCAAUAUUUCUCUCGAUGGGCAGACUUUAUUGCAAGAAACAACUCGAUACCGGAUCAGAUUAGUCUUCACUUCUUGUAUGGAAAUCGAGACUUGAAUACGUCCAUCUCAAGCUCCAAACAGUAUUUAGAGGCUGGUGGAAUCGACUACCAAGGUGUCUGA